AUUUCACACACUAUGCCUUUUCUCGCGUUUGGGCCUGGAGUGCUAGUCUCACCUUUCAUUGCCUGGUGAACAAUCCUUUACUUUGGGAAACUCUUAACAUCAUCUGUCAGGAACUCCUCCCUAGUUCUUUGUCCCAGCACUGGUUCCUGCCUCUCAGCUUUGUGCAUCUAUUUUAUUUUAUUUUUUUUAUCUCCUCUUAUCUAUUGAAUGUUCCAUACAAUUUUAUUUUAUUUUGAAUGUCAGUUCUCUAGAUCCCAUAGAACUAUUUAAUCUUUGUAUUCUGUGCCCUAGCACGAUGUGACAACCAAAAAAUGUUUAUGCGGCUGAAAUGAACCCACGUUUGGUCACCAAUGACCCAAUCACCCAUACCUUGGGCUCAGAAUCCCUAAAUUAUAUCUCAGAAUCACCAUGCUUGCAAGUGCCUCCAGGACACACAUAACUUUUGCAGAGUUUCAAAUGUAUGAAGUCACCUGUACUUGUCUUAGGUCGUGGCUCCAUUCCUGGGCUAAGUCUGCUCAGUGAGAGGAGAAAGGGGAAUCUAAUUUCGAAGAAACAAACACUCCAAGUCCGCUUUGGUGAAAAAGCUGUGGGCGGUACAAGGGGCCGCCCAGCCUGGCUCAGUCCCACCCAGACUCCCACCCGCCAUACACUCGCUUGGUUUUCAGGUGGGCACAACCCAGGUGCGUGUCACAUCCGUGCGGCGUGGCCUGCUGAACGUCACCGAACACCUCUCCCGGACCCCUGCAGCAGGAGCAGCAGCAGCAGUAAUAGCAGUGCGGCGGGAUGGCGUAGAUGUCACCAUGCAGUGGGCAUCGUCUCCCUCGCGACGUGCGGGCAGCGGGACCUCGACGGGGAAGCCCUGGGCGUUCGUGGUCCCGUACCCCGGAAACCCCGAGGGAAGGAGGGGCUGGGAGGCGUUGAUCAGUUUCUCCCGGAGUUGCGCAACCUGCAGCUCUGAGAGGCGGGCGUUCCCGCCCGCGCCCCCCGCCCGCGGUCACCUCUGCGGAGCCCGAACCAAAAGCGAAAGGAGCAGCGUCCCCGCGUACCUCCAAGUCGGCGGGGCACCGCUUUGUGACUUCACUCAUUUCGCAACAAGCCCGGGCCGCAGGGGCCCCACCCACCCCGGCCCGCCGCCUCGCGGUCCGCAGCCUUCCCGGCUCUCGGCUCUCCGCUCUUCCCCUCGCUCCGGGGCUGGGCCUGCCCUCGCCGUCGCGGAGGCUCCUGUCCCGCAGCCCGUCGCUGUCCGCUUGGUGGCCGCCGCCUGGCGGGCCGGCACGUGGCGGCUCCCGCCCCCACCCCCCGGAGCAGCCAGGAACAGCCCGGCGUCCCGACCCUCUGAGCGCAGCGCACUCCCGGCGGCGCGAUGCUGUGCUUCCUGAAGGGAAUGGCCUUCGUCCCCUUCCUCCUGGUGACAUGGUCGUCCGCCGCCUUCAUCAUCUCCUACGUGGUCGCCGUGCUCUCCGGGCAUGUCAACCCCUUCCUCCCCUACAUCAGUGAUACAGGAACAACACCCCCGGAGAGUGGUAUUUUUGGAUUUAUGAUAAACUUCUCUGCAUUUCUUGGUGCAGCCACUAUGUACACAAGAUAUAAAAUAGUGGAGAAGCAGAAUCAAACCAGCUAUUUCAGCACUCCUGUUUUUAACUUGGUGUCGUUAGUUCUGGGAUUGGCGGGAUGUAUUGGAAUGGGCAUUGUAGCCAAUUUUCAGGAGUUAGCUGUCCCAGUGGUCCACGACGGCGGUGCCCUUCUGGCGUUUGUCUGUGGUGUUGUGUACACGCUCCUGCAAUCCAUCAUGUCUUACAAAUCGUGUCCCCAGUGGAACAGCCCCUCCACAUGCCAUGUACGGAUGGCCAUCUCUGCUGUUUCCUUUGCAGCUGUGGUCCCCAUGAUUGUCUGUGCUUCACUAAUUUCUAUAACCAAGCUGGAGUGGAAUCCAAAAGAAAAGGAUUACGUAUAUCACGUAGUGAGUGCGAUCUGUGAAUGGACAGUGGCCUUUGGUUUCAUUUUCUACUUCCUAACAUUCAUCCAUGAUUUCCAGUCAUGUGCAAAAUAUGACCGCGAGUGUUAUCCAGAGCUCUUGUUACAAGAUAAGGUCUGCAUGCUGUUUCCCGUCGAUGAUGUUAUUCAGCAGGAUGGCUCACAUGUUGAAAUUUGA